UUGCAUCAUUAUACUUCGUGAGUUGCACUUUUGUGAACUGUGGGGUAUAAGGAGAGGAGGUAGUUGAUAAUGUUAUCAUCUGAUAUUACCAUAUGUUCUUUGGAGUGAAGGAAAAUUAGUGAAACUUUUAUAUCCUUUACAAUGUCUGAUAUCAAUUCGUACGAGUGGCUAUAUAAAGAGCAUCCUCGACGUCUUAUUCCUGAACUAUGCAAACAGUUUUAUGAUCUCGGAUGGGUAACUGGAACUGGAGGUGGCAUAAGCAUCAAACAUGGUGAUGAAAUCUUUAUUGCCCCUUCUGGAGUCCAGAAGGAGAGAAUUCAGCCUGGUGAUAUAUUUGUUGUCAAUGCUGAUGGUUGCAUCAUCAGUUCUCCAGCUGAAGAGAAAAAACUUAAAAUUAGUGAAUGCACUCCAUUGUUCAUGAAUGCAUAUCAUUUGCGAAAUGCUGGAGCAGUACUUCAUUCACAUUCUAAGUCUGCAGUUUUAGCUACAUUAAUCUAUCCUGGAUCUGAAUUUGUAAUUACAUAUCAAGAAAUGAUAAAGGGAAUUAUAAAAGGAAAUACUGGUUUAAGAUAUAGAUAUGAUGACAAAUUGGUUGUGCCAAUUAUUGAAAAUACACCUUUCGAGAAAGAUUUAAAGGACAGAAUGGCUGCUGCUAUGAAACAGUAUCCUGAAACAUCUGCAAUCCUUGUACGACGUCAUGGUGUUUAUGUUUGGGGCGAGACAUGGGAGAAGGCCAAAACAAUGGCAGAAUGUUUUGAUUACUUAUUUGAUAUUGCUGUCCAAAUGAAAUUGCUUGGCCUGGAUCCUUCAAAACCACCCAAUGAAAUAAGAUCUUAUUAAAAUACAAUAUAAAAUAUUUUAAUAAAAAGCAUUUCAAAAGCACCCAUGAAAUAUGAUCUUAUUAAAAUAUGAUGUAAAAUAUUUUAAUAAAAAGCAUUUCAAAAGCACCCAAUAAAAUAUGAUCUAAUUAAAAUAUGAUGUAAAAUAUUUUAAUAAAAAGCAUUUAUAUAAAAU